AGAGAAAGGACGUUGCAGAGAUAUCACCGUCAUAUUAAUUACAUAUAUUGCAGCCCUCAAGCAUCAGAUUUAUUAUGAAACAGAUCAUGUACCUUUUUGCCUUUUUCAUUCGCCAUGCACUUUUUUUUCCCCUCUUGUUGCACCUUCUCUUGCUUGCUGAUUUCAACUAUCCAAUGCCUCCUUUCUCAAGUUUGUUAUAUUCUUUCUUCUAUCUUUGAUCCAAGAAAGCUAUGAUUCUUCAAGAUUUUAUUAUAUAUAAAAUAUAAAAAGAUAUAGAUUAAAAGAAUAAAAUUGUUCUACACAGGAACACCUGAGUUGCUGCCCUUGUUUAAUAAAUCUUGUAAACAUUGUUCCAUAUCAAGAAGGAAAAAUCUGCAAUCCAAGCAUAGAAGCCAAGCUGCAGUAAUGGUUGCAAGAAGUUGGCACCUUGCUUUAUUCACCUUGUGUUUUCUCUUCGGUUCAGGUCUAGGUACAGCCAAAAUAUUAAGAAAUGAUAAGAAACAGGAAAUCUUCUCAUCAUCGGAAUUGGGUACUCAAUUAGAUGAUGUUCCUAUCGUCAACCCUACAACUCCAGGCACAGGAAAUCCGUAUCCUACAGUAAACCCUACAUCUCCUCAAGCACCUGAUACAACAGGGCAAAUCCCUACAACCCCAAACACAAACCCAACGACACCAACAACUACUCCCACGACACCAACAACUACUCCCACAACACCAACCACGACCACUCCUGCAUCAUCAGGUGGUCAAUGGUGUGUUGCUAACCAAGGAGCUUCGGACACUGCACUACAGGUUGCUCUUGACUAUGCUUGUGGGUAUGGAGGUGCAGACUGCUCAGCAAUUCAAGCAGGAGCAAGUUGUUAUAAUCCUAAUACUGUCCGUGACCAUGCUUCUUAUGCAUUCAAUGACUACUACCAGAAGAAUCCAACGCCUACCAGUUGUGUGUUUGGAGGAACAGCAGCACUUACAAGCAAUGAUCCAAGUAGUGGCAACUGUCAUUAUGCAUCAGCUACAGCAAGGACAACAAGCAUUAGUCCACCAACAUAUGUUAGCCCACCUAGUCCACCGACUCCUAUGACACCAACUACACCAGAUAUGACAAUGCCAGGCGGCGGAUCAACUGUCUACGGUUCAGAACCAACAGGAAGCCCCAACAAAGCCACAUCUACUUUUUAUUCCUUGCCGCUGCUGUUCACAUGUGGCCUCUUGGCUUCACUUAAAUUAGCAAAUUACAUAUAG